CAGUGCUUCCGGACGAAAAUACUUGAGGACUGCCCCUGUGAACAUAGCUAGCAGUGAUAGUCGAAGCCGUUUUGAAUUACCACCGAGAAAAUGGCAGAGAAUGACGUUGACAACGAGCUGUUGGACUAUGAAGAGGAUGAGGAGCCUCAGGUUGCCCCGGAGACCACCACACCUGCGGGCAAGAAGGAGGUAAAGGGCUCUUAUGUCUCCAUCCACAGCUCCGGUUUCCGAGACUUCCUGCUCAAACCAGAGCUGCUCCGCGCCAUUGUCGACUGCGGCUUUGAACAUCCCUCUGAAGUCCAACACGAGUGCAUCCCACAGGCCAUCCUGGGCAUGGACAUCCUGUGCCAGGCCAAGUCUGGUAUGGGCAAGACGGCUGUGUUUGUACUGGCCACCCUGCAGCAGAUUGAACCUGUGGAUGGGCAGGUGUCUGUGCUGGUGAUGUGCCACACACGAGAGCUGGCCUUCCAGAUCAGCAAAGAGUAUGAACGCUUCUCCAAGUACAUGCCCACCGUCAAGGCAGCCGUGUUCUUCGGGGGCCUGUCCAUCAAGAAGGACGAGGACGUGCUGAAGAAGAACUGCCCCCACAUCGUGGUGGGUACGCCCGGCCGCAUCCUGGCCCUCAUCCGCAACAAGACCCUGAACCUGAAGAACGUGAAGCACUUUGUCCUGGAUGAGUGUGACAAGAUGCUGGAGCAGCUGGACAUGAGGCGUGAUGUUCAGGAUAUCUUCAGGCUCACACCCCACGAGAAGCAGUGCAUGAUGUUCAGUGCCACCCUAAGCAAAGAGAUUCGCCCUGUCUGCCGCAAGUUCAUGCAGGAUCCCAUGGAGGUGUUUGUGGACGAUGAGACCAAGCUGACGCUGCACGGUCUGCAGCAGUACUACUGCAAGCUGAAGGAUAGCGAGAAGAACCGAAAGCUCUUCGACCUGCUCGAUGUGCUUGAGUUCAACCAGGUGGUGAUCUUUGUGAAGUCUGUGCAGCGCUGUGUGGCUCUGUCUCAGCUGCUGGUGGAGCAGAACUUCCCUGCAAUCGCCAUCCAUAGGGGCAUGGCCCAGGAGGAGAGGCUUUCCCGGUACCAGCAGUUCAAGGACUUCCAGAGGCGGAUCCUGGUGGCCACCAACCUGUUUGGCCGAGGGAUGGACAUUGAGCGCGUCAACAUAGUCUUCAACUACGACAUGCCUGAGGACUCCGACACCUACCUGCACAGAGUGGCCCGUGCUGGCAGGUUCGGGACGAAAGGUCUGGCCGUGACCUUUGUGUCUGACGAGACUGACGCCAAGACCCUGAACGAUGUGCAGGACCGCUUCGAGGUCAACGUGGCAGAGCUCCCAGAAGAGAUUGACAUCUCCACCUACAUUGAACAGUCCAGAUGAAAAAUCACCCCCUGACCAGUGAAGACGUGUGCAUGCGUGCCCCUCUGUCCCUGUCUUUUUUUUGGAGAGGGAGAAUAAAAAAUGUAUUUUGUUUUUUUUUAAGUAAGCAUCACUUUUUAUUUGAUUUUAUCCUCCCGAGGCUGCAGUUUUAAUGUUCUUUUCCCUGUUAAUGGUUUUCUAUUAUUAGGUUAAUAAAAUAAUUGAAAUUAAAACUUUUUAUACAAUGUUA